AUGGUCGGGUACAGCGCAAAGGAUUCUAUGACUCAGAAGGAGAAACUGUUCGCUGGUUGUUUUGCAGGGGUCACGACCAGGUUCAUCACCCAGCCUAUGGAUGUCAUCAAGAUCAGGUCCCAGCUGCAGAGGAAACCCAAACGCAAGAACGUGGUGUACCGGGUCGCCAGGAGGAUAUUCUGGGAGGAAGGAGUCACAGCCUUCUGGCACGGCCAUGUAUUGGGGCAGUUCCAUUCGAUACUGGCCGUCAGCAGUCAGUUCUACGUGUACGAGCUCACUACAAAGUUCGUCGCCGGCUUGGCCGCGCAUGAGUUGCGCUUUCGAAAUGUAGAACAUUUCAUAUGUGGUGUAGCCGCCGGGUGUGUAUGUACUACUAUAGUGAUACCUCUGGAAGUGAUCCGCGUUCGACAGAUGUUGGUCAAGGACCAGUACCGCAGCGUGCUGCGAGGCGCCGCCGCGGUCUACCGGUACGGCGGCAUCUUUGCCUUCUACGAGGGGCUCAGCGCUUCCCUGCUGCAGAUGGGUCCCCAAGUUGGAAUAUCAUUCUCGGUGUUCAACUUCGUGCAGCCUAUGAUCCUGCGCAUGUUCACGCCGUGUCCCCCGGGGGAGUGCAGCAAGGGCAACAAGCACCGCCCGCAGAACAUCAUGCUGGCCAGCACCAUCGCGGGCUCCGCCGCCGGCUUCGUCUCCAAGUCCAUGACCUACCCCUUCGACCUCGCCAAGCGGAGGCUCCAGAUUGGGAGCCACAGAACUAACACGAAGUACAAGACGCCGACGCAAUCGCAGAAGUUGAUCAAGUGCACCAAACUGUUCGAGUGCCUGCUGCUGGCGUACAAGUACGAGGGCAUCCGCGGGCUGUUCCGCGGCUGGACGGUCACCGUGUACAAGGCGCAGAUGACGAGCGUCGUCGCCUUCACCACCUACGAGCUCAUCUGCUACGCGACCCGGGAGCUCAACUCGCUCGCCGUCUGAGCCUUCCAUCCUCCACUCUAUAUGUUUACCUUGUAUGAUAAUUCAUCGGUAAUGUUCAAGCUAUCACGGAUAAGUAAAAUGUAGCGUGUUGUUAUCGUGAAAGUCCAUUGUAAUGUCAUUGAACAAACUUUAGUUUGGUAUAUUUACUAGUUUAUAUUGAGGUCGUUGGUGUUGUACUGUAUUUUUGUAAGUUUAUUGACAAAUUAUUUUAAUGAAUCAAACAUAAGUUUAGAAUAAGUACUAUCCUAUGGUUUUAUUUAUCUUUCAUUUUACUAAAAUUCAUGAAUGGUUCAUGAUUCUACUGUUCUUUUGGAAUACAUACUUAGGUACAUAGUACUUGAAACUUGAACUUGUGUCAGUUUUACAGUUUAUGCUGUUUCUUGGACGAUUCUUACCAUAAGGAAUAAAAUUAAAAGUAAAUGAAACAAAGUUUUCGUAAAAAAAUAACACAUCAAUUUUAUUCUCUU